AUGGCACCAAAACCCAAAAAGACAGCAGCCAAACACGAUGUGCAGAACACUGCAGACACCACUGCGCAGGUCAACGCCCACAUCAGCAAUUCCGAAGCCCAGCAAAAUGAAAUCGAGGUUCUGUCCGCAAUCUUCGCGGAGGACUUCCAGGAUCAUGUCACGACCAAUGCGUGGAACAAGAUGAAAGAACAUGCUUUCAAGCUGGUUGUACGCUGUCCUUCAGCUCCGGACGAGACUGUCACUUUGUCCGUCAAGUACACGGCCACGUACCCUAAGACGGAGCCGAUCCUGUCAAUUCAAGGUCUAGAGAAGUUUCACGGGCGGACCCAGGAGAAGAUCCGCGAGCUGGUUGCAAACAUGCCGAAGAAGCUCGUUGGGGGAGAGGUCUUCAUCGAUGUCAUCACCAAUGAAAUUCAGGAUGCACUUGAAGAGGCAUACACUGCCAGGAUGGAAGGAACUUUGCAGAGUCUGGACGCCGAACGCGCUAGCGCCGUGGAAGACGCCCAGGCUCAGGCAGAGGACGUCAAAGAAGCCGAAGCUCGCCGUCAAGCAGAGGCAGAUGCAGAGAAGGACAGAAAGAUGAAGGUUCAACUUGAGCAGGAGCUCAAGAAAAUGGACAAGCGAAAAUCGAGGCCUGCAUCCGAGUUGAACGAUACAGGCAAGAACGAAUCCGCUCCAGAGGUCAUUACAUUUGAUCAGGCUGGGUCGAUUUCAGUCGGGAACGACACUCAAUCUUUCACGAAAGUGACGAUUAACGGCCUUCUCUCGCGACACCGGACUUACCUUGGAACGCCCCAUGUGUCGAGCCAUUCCAACUUGCCAUAUGCGGCCCUACCUCUGGUUACUAUCAAGCGCAAAAUCAUCCAGAAGAGCCGUGCCGAUAUCAUUGCCCUUGAGGACAUCCUGAAUAGGGCACACAUGAUUUCACACCAGAAUCUGUUGAAUGUACUGACGUUUGUGGUAGCGAAGAAGGACGACCUCAAGUCCGAGCUAAUCUUGUGCCGUCAAUAUUCAGACAGAGGAAGCCUUCACGACUUGCUUGAAAUGAGCAGCAGGCUGCAUCCCAGUAAGGCUCGUCAGUUCACCAUCGAACUUCUGGAAGCAACGCAGUUCCUUCACACGAGUGGUAUGACGCAUGGUAAGAUCAGAACCCGUACAGUCUACCUUACCAGCCACCCAACUCUAUCGGUGAAGCUCGCCGCUUUUGGAUAUGCCAAGCUUUUGGGUGAGCACCGGCAUGAUAUUCCAAUCAAGUGGGAGUCACCGGAAGUCCACUCGACGGCUCUUGCUCCUCAGAAGAGAUGCGAUGUUUGGGAUCUCGGUAUCGUGGUAGUGCAGAUGUUCCUUGGUAUCUCCACGCUUGAGGAGCAUCAGUCGCCAUCUGUGAUGAUGAGCGCUUUGAAUUUGUCAGAGCCAUUUGCAGACCUUCUGAACAAGUUUUUCGCCCCGAACACCGCGAGACUGCUAUCACCCUUCGACAUACAGGCAUCAGAGUUCUUCCGGACUGAAUGCACUGUGCUGGACGAUGCCUCUGAGGUGCUCAGCUCACCCGGUCGGACAAGAAAGCCAAGUUCGGGCCUGGACGGCACGAUAGCACGUCGAUUGAGACACAACUCUUCCAACGUAGUCGAACCAAUGUCGCGAUAUCUAUCAGACUUCGACGAGCUUGGUCGUCUAGGGAGAGGCGGGUUCGGAGAAGUAGUCAAGGCUCGGAACAAGAUUGACGGUGCGGUUUAUGCCGUGAAGAAAGUCAAGCAAGCACCGCAGCUGCUUGACCAAGUGCUUUCUGAAGUCAUGCUUCUCAACAGACUGAACCAUCCAUACGUAGUGCGUUACUACUCCACAUGGCUGGAGAAUAACACAGCCACGACAAUUCAGGAGGAUGCAGUGUCGGAUACUGAGGAAAGCGUCUCCGAUAGCCGGCGAAUCGAUUUCGGACAUCCAAGUGCUGGAGGUCUCGAUUUCGUGAGCUCCAGUGGCUACGAGAUUGACGAUGAUUAUGACCCUUUUGAGCGCAGCAGCGACGGUGAAGCUCAAAGUGAAACUACCACGGCUAGCGACACAGCAGAGAAACCUCGCCCGAACGCCCAGCUCCAAAGACAUCGCUCGGAUCCUCGACGUUUACCAUCAACGCUUUACAUUCAGAUGGAACUCUGCGAUCUCCGCUCCUUACGAGAUCUAAUCUACAAGGGACUGAGCGAGGACGACUCCUGGAGGUUCGUCCGACAAAUCACAGAGGGUCUGGCCCAUAUUCAUGCAGCGCAAAUCAUACACCGCGAUCUGAAGCCUGAUAACGUGUUUAUUGAUGCUUUCGGCAAUCCCAAGAUUGGCGACUUUGGGCUUGCAACGAUUGGACAGCAGUUAUCCUUCACCGACAAACCGAGUGGAUCGAAAACCCGGAGCAGUGGUGGUGACAUGACACGGUCGAUCGGCACCGCCCUAUAUGCCGCACCCGAGCUCGCAUCCUCGUCUGGGUCCUCGUACACCAACAAAGUCGAUAUGUACUCGCUCGGCAUCAUGUUCUACGAGAUGAACCAGCGCUUCGGCACGGCAAUGGAAAGGAUCACCGAGCUACAGAAGAUUCGUGAGCCGGGUCACGCAUUGGGACCGGCAUUUCAGGCCGAUGGUGACAAGGCUGCUCAGGGUAAGUUGAUUACAACCCUGGUCGCACAUAAACCCAGUGGGCGACCAAGCAGUGCUGAGCUACUCCGCUCUGAUCUGCUACCUAUGAAGAUCGAGGAUGAAACUCUGCGGAAGAUGAUGAGUGGUCUCACGGAUGCAAGCUCACCGUACCACCAACAGCUGAUGUCUGCUUUGUUCUCGCAGACUUCAGCUAGCUCCCAGCAAGUGAAGGCGCUGGCGUGGGAUUCCAAGGCAAGCGCUAUCGUAGAGGAUCUGGCUCGGAUUCGGAUGCGAGGAACAGUGCGAAGCUCUCUAGCGACUGUAUUUCGGCGCCAUGGUGCAGAGGAAAUCCAUCGCGAAGGCGUCUUUCCUCGAUCAGAUCUAUACGCUGCUGCGGGAAAUGCCUUUACCGCAUUGGAUCCCUCUGGCAGUGUCGUGCAAUUACCGUAUGAUAUGAUGCUCCCGUUCGCACGGCGGCUGGCGAUGCAAUCCUCGGCUGUGCGCUGCAGUUAUACCUUCGGAACAGUCUACCGGGCUGCACUUUCGGGUGGACCGCCGAAGGAAGGAGAAGAGGCCGCCUUUGAUAUCGUGGACGAUGCUCGUGAUGAGGAUACCUCGUUGAAUGAUGCCGAAGUCGUGAAGACAAUGGACGAAGUACUCACGGAACUUCCUCCACUCGACAAUGCGAACAGUUUCGCCUUCCACAUCACUAACGGUGCAUUGGUCGAUGCGAUCCUGGACCAUUGCCGGGUCCCGCUCACUCUCCAGCAUGCCGUCAAAGACGUUUUGAGUAAGCUUGGCUACCAUGGCAUCACAUGGGCGAAGAGCAGAUCUGAGCUACGAGGCAUGGGCAUUCCUGACACCACUCUCGAUGAUCUGCAGGCUUUUGACUGGCAAGAGUCGCCCGGGAAAGCCUUCAAGCGAUUGAAUGGGCUCCUGGAACGUGCGAAUCCUGCCGUGAAAGCAAAGUGCGAGUCCGCGCUGCGAGAGCUCCGGCAAACUCUCAACGCGAUCAGCGUCUUUGGAGUAUCUCGCAAAGUCUAUGUGGUACCACUGAGCUGCUACAAGGCAAGACUCUAUGCAGCCACGAUGUUCAAGGUCGUACUGGAGAAGAAGAAAAGCCGGAUCCCAGUGGCUGCUGGCGGACGCUACGACAGCGUAAUUGAAGCGCAUCGCAGUGGUGCCACCAGCGACGGUACCAAGCAAGGCGCUGUAGGCGUGUGCAUCGCCCUCGACACAAUCGUCUCACAAUGGAUGAAAGGAUAUACCCCAACCAGCGGCAAAGCGACCGGCUUCCUGAAAGACUCCGCUAAGCCUCAGCAUCUCCCAAAACGCUGCGACGUCCUCGUCAUCGCCAGCGGCGGCACCGAAAAGCUCCGAGACGCAGGCAUCCGAAUCGUCAGCUCCCUCUGGAGCAGCAACAUCAGUGCCGAACUCUCCCGCGAGACCACCUCCUCCCCAGACCAAAACUACACCUUCCUCGUCCACCUCCGCCACGAAGCCUCCACCACCGUCCGCGUCACGCAUACCGAAAGCGAAGCCGAAGACACCGACAUCCCCAUUCCCUCGCUCGUCGCGCACCUCACCCAAGAACUCCGCGACCGCGCCGCCAAGUCCCGCCAACCCCUCCCUCGCACGCAGUCCGGCCAACAACAACACGACGCCCGCAGCACCAACGUGCAAGUCCUCUGGGCCCGACACGGCAGCAAAAAGUCGAAUAAAUACAGCAUUGUCGCGGACGCCACGCGGGUGUGGGCGGAGAAGUGCGAUGCGAUCAAAGAUGCGCCAAUCUUGGCGAUUGAGACGAGGGAUGAUGUGUUGGAUGUGAUUCAAGGGACGAGGUUGGGCGAUGCGGAGAGCUGGAAGAAGGCGGGACAGAGCGUGCAGUUGAGUGAGGGCAUGUAUUUGGGACAGGUGAGGGAUGUCUUGGAAGGGUGGAGGAAGAUGUGGAUGAGCGGUGAUGGGGUGAGGGAGGCGUGUGUUUAUAAUUUCCGGAGUCAGAGGGGGAUUUAUUAUGAUUUGGGGGCGUGA